AUGCAGCUGGUUGUGCUGGCUGUGCUGUACGCUGUGAGUGUGCUGCCUGGCACCCUGGCCCUGCAGCUUCCCCGGAAGGCAGGAGGCAUGAGUGAGCCGCCGUGGGAACAGGCUCAGGACUAUCUGAAGAGAUUUUAUCCAUCUGACUCAAAAUCAAGGGACCCCAAUAGUUUAGAAGUCGAACUCAAGCAGAUGCAAAACUUCUUUCGCCUGCCUAUAACUGGAAGAUUAAGCUCUCAUAUUAUAGAAAUCAUGCAGAAGCCCAGAUGUGGAGUGCCAGAUGUUGCAGAAUAUUCCCUAUUCCCAGAUCGCCCAAAAUGGACUUCCAAAGUAGUCACCUACAGGAUCGUGUCAUAUACUCGAGACUUACCACAUGUCAUAGUGAAUCAAUUAGUGGCAAAGGCCUUCAACGUGUGGAGCAAAGAGAUCCCACUGAGCUUCAAGAAAGUUAGUUGGGGAAUUGCUGAUAUCAUGAUUGGCUUUGCAAGAGGAGCUCACGGGGACCCCAACCCAUUUGAUGGGCCAGGAAACACACUGGCUCAUGCCUUUGCACCUGGGCCAGGCCUGGGAGGAGAUGCUCACUUUGAUGAGGAUGAACGCUGGACUGAUGGUAGCAGUAUAGGAAUUAAUUUUCUGUAUGUUGCAACUCAUGAACUUGGCCAUUCCUUGGGUCUGGAUCAUUCAUCUGAUCCUAAUGCUGUGAUGUAUCCAACUUAUGAAGAAGGCGAUUCCAAGAAUUUCAAACUUGCACAGGAUGAUAUUAAUGGAAUUCAGAAAUUAUAUGGAAAGAGAAAUGAUUCAAGAAAAAAUUAG